UUUUAAAAAGCAAGUGAAAUAAUGGGAAAUGCGGGAAGCAAUCAACCUAAAGAAUGGCACAGAGAUACUGCUACAAAGACACCGGACGUCGGUCCUUCUUCACCAAUAAAGGAAGGUGAAGCGUUUACUUUCGACAAGAGGAACGAUGACCGUGGUGGUCGCGAUGAAGAUAGUAAUAUCGAAGACGGAGCGCCGUAUUAUACAAAAGCGGUACCUGAAAGUGAUGUGGAGUAUACUGGUCCACGGGAGAGGUCAAAUACUUUGACAGAGAGUAAUAAAAAUAACGUUGACGAAUGUAAAGUGUUGCCUACAGUAUUCAAAUGGGAAGGAGGUGGCAAACAGGUGUACAUCAGUGGAACAUUUACUGACUGGAAAACAAUACCAAUGGUGAAGUCUCAUGGAGACUUUGUGACUAUUAUUGACUUGCCAGAAGGGGAGCAUCAGUUUAAGUACUUUGUUGAUGGGGAGUGGCGCCACGAUCCUGCAAUGAAAGUAAUAGACAAUGGAAUGGGCUCGAAGAAUAAUUUGGUGACAGUGAAAAUGUCUGAUUUUGAAGUGUUUCAAGCUUUAGCCAAAGAUAGUGAAGGAGUCAGUAGUAGUGCUCAGACAGAGUAUUCACAGGAAAUUCCACAAUCUAAGCCCUGGGAAAAAGUAUCAGGUCCACCAAUAUUACCUCCGCAUCUGCUUCAAGUUAUUUUAAAUAAAGACACACCACUUUCGUGUGAACCUACAUUACUACCAGAGCCAAAUCACGUAAUGUUGAAUCAUCUUUACGCCUUAUCAAUCAAAGAUGGUGUCAUGGUGCUAUCAGCAACACAUCGAUAUAGGAAGAAAUAUGUCACCACACUGUUGUACAAACCUAUAUAAAUAUUACUUCUAAAUUUUUUAACAUUCUUCACAUGGUAGAUAGAAAUGCCAACAAUGCAC